AAUUUGUGAAUCCCAUUAAAUCUUUCUUCGUCUUCCUAAUUUAACUUCCACUGUGACGGACCUGUGUAAAAUGACGUCACCGUCUCGUCCGCCGGAAGUACGCGUAUGCACGCCAGUGCAGCAGCUGCGGAAAUCGGGAGUACAGUGCAGCUGAGCAAAUGACGUCACGUUUCAGGGCUCCAGCGGAAAAUCGAGCAGGCUUGUGUUUGCUUGGGAGUGAGCCCUGUAAACAAUGUCUUCGUGCAAGUUUUGUUGGUGAAACACACUGGGGCCUUUUAUUGUUUUAGAAAUGUUACGGAGAGCAAUUCGAGUGAAACCCGGAGCAGAAGAUGACUGCGUGGAUUCUGGAGCGGAGACUGCAGAAUCAGACUGCAGUAAAAUGUCCUCCACAGGCAGUGACAUCAUAGUUGUGGAGAGCCAGGAUCUGUUUUUGAUGACAAUGCACCUUCUCGCCAACCCUGGAGAGUCCUUCCUUUUGCAGCAGAGCCUUGACCGUCUGCUGAAGUGGGUGAGCCCAGACCUGCACCUGUUCCACGUGUCGGAGCGUGCGACACCAGUGAAACACAGUGAGAAGUAUCGCAGGAAGACCUCGCUGUACCCCUCCCUCUCCGUCAUCCUCUUCCUUCACGAGGACUUCGGAGAGGAGCGGAUACUUCAGCUCCAGGACUACUUCAAGCGCCCGCCAUGGCAGUACCACCACAGCGAAAGCGCCAGCGGGAAAAUCCUGCCAUAUCUGCUGUCCAGUCAGGAUUUUUACAGUCUGGAUACCCACAUGCCUGUCUGGGCAGUACGCCAGGUCCACUACGGAAACGAGAUAGUCCGUGUUACCCUGUACUGCAGUUACGACAAUUACGAAGACACGGUGCAAAUGUAUGAGACAAUCCUACAGAAGGAGGCGAGUGCUCAGAAGAGCGGCUUCUGCUAUUUCACUUUGUAUACGGACAAGUCAUUGAGCAUUCAGCUGUCCUUGAAACAGCUCUCACCUGGGGUUUCUGUUGAUCUGAAGGAGUCCGCUGUCCUGCAGUUUAGGAUACAAGAGAUCGGCCAGCUAGUACCUCUUCUACCAAACCCCUGUGCUCCAAUCAGUAGUACGAGAUGGCAAACUGAAGAUUACGAUGGAAACAAAAUUAUUUUUCAGGUAAAGGGAAACUCGCAAUCUCAUCACAAAACAAGCUCAGCCUUUCAAGUGUGCAGCAAGCCUGUCUCCAUGAAUGCGCCAAGAAGCCUAAUGCCCUGCAAUCCGCCUGCUUACCAGGAGAAAUGGACCCCACUCCAUACAGAACGAGAGGCCAGUGGGGAGGUCCAGAGUCCUGGAAAGCACAAGGGUGGCGGCUCUGGGACAUCCAGUAAAAACGAUGGCUUUUGUUCCGAUAGCUGCUGCAGCACGCCGAGGAGCAGCUCCUGUUACUCCUCCCAGCGAAGCAGCCCCGCCAUGCUAUCGCAGUGUGAGCUCUCCGGUGAACGCAAAAGCACACCGUUGUCCGGGUACAAGCUGCACGAUUCAAAGCUAAAGGCUCCAGAAGAACCGGAAACCAAUGUUGACACAGGGUUUGCAGUGGUAAGCCCGGAAACAAUUGCCGGCCACAGUACAUGCCCCCUUAAUGGGUUUUCGAAGGACUUGUUUAAAAAUCUGCCUGAUCCGAGGACACGCACAGGUAACACAACAGUGUUAACCAGCACCGGAUCACUGUCUAGUACAUCCUUGAACAGCUCUGCAGUUUCUCCAAGAACUCACAAGGCUUCUCCAUCUGCUUGUAUAGGAACAAACCAGGAAAUAGCACUUCAUCAGAUCCAAGCAAAACACCUGAAUGUAUUGGAAGACGAAUUCUUUAUUUAAUCUCCACCAGGCCUCAUUUUAAAUAUGAGCAUUUAGCAGUGAAGUACUGAAAUCUUCCAAUUUUAAAGGAUCCAUACUCUGUAAACUUCUGAGAAUGUUUGAUGCACUAGUGUGUGUGUGUGUGUGUGUGUGUGUGUGUGUGUGUGUGUGUGUGUGUGUGUGUGUGUGUGUGUGUGUUUCUUCAAUGCUGUAUGUUCUAGCCAAACUAAUGUUUUGCUCUUAUCUGUUGUAAGACAUUGAACUUGUAAUGUGCAAUGAAUAUGAAAUAGACCUGGAACACACAACUUUUUCUGUUAACUUCACCAUGAAAAAUAUCUUGUGCCACGAGUUAGAACCAGUACUACAGAAAAAGGAAAAAAAGGAUGCUAAUAGAAAUCUGUGGAUUUUUUGCACACUACUUUAAGUGCACAUUCUAAUCUAAACAGUUUGAACUGGAUAGACACACACAACAGUGAAGUCUUCAGAAACACCAACUGAAUAACGUGCUUCUGUAAAUAUAAAUGAAAGUAAAAUAAUGUGAUCCCUGUAUUGCAUUUUCCACCAAUAGAGCGAGUCUAAUACGGUCACAAGCCAAAUCUAAAGAUGUGUAUUUGCAGUAAAGUGCCUCCAAAUGUUGUGGAAGUGUAAAGGGUUAAAGUAAAAUGAUUUAUGUUAGAUGUCACCUUUGUAAACAAUGUAUUCUAAUACACAGAAAUACAUGGCGUGACUACUGUGGAAAGAUAUAAUUAGGGGGUACAGUGUGCUGGAAUUCAGGAUGUGGCAUACAUAAAUGAUAGGCUUUAGGAACAAAUUUAAAUCUGUAUUUUUGGCUCUGAAACAUACUAGUCCUUAGUGUGUGCUGUCACAGAAACAUGCUAGUCCUUAGUGUGUGCUGUCAUCAGAAUGUUCUUUACUUAACAGUUUCGUGUGCAUAUACAGUAGUGUCUGUUCAAUGACUAGAAGUUUGACUUAUUUAGGCCUCUUAGUUUUUAAAUGUGACAGUGUUAGCAGGGUUACACCUCAAAUAUUGUGGGUUUUAAACAAAGUUCUAGUAAACAGUUUUUUAAUUAUUUUUUUUCUGAAUAAUGUAAACAAAAGGAACAAUAUAAAUGCAAA